AUGAGCUGCAAUGGGUGCCGGGUUUUGAGGAGAGGGUGCAGCGAGAACUGCAUCUUAAGGUCGUGUUUGGAUUGGAUCCAAAAUCCCCAGGCCCAGGCCAACGCCACCAUCUUUGUCUCCAAAUUCUUCGGCCGCAGCGACCUCAUGUCAUUCAUCUCCGCCGUGCCGGAAAACAAAAGGCCCGCUUUAUUUCAAUCCCUAUUGUUCGAGGCGUGCGGGAGGACGGUGAACCCGGUGGGAGGGGCGGUGGGGCUGCUGUCCACCGGGAACUGGCACAUCUGCCAGCUGGCGGUGGACACUGUGCUCGCCGGCGGCGAGCUCCGGCCGCUUGCCGUGGGAAUCCCGGCGCCGGGAGGAGAGAGGGCUCCGUCGAGGCACAGGGCGGCGGCCAUGCAUGGGCCGACCGGAGGGUUGGUCGGAGAGUACCGGUCUCCGGCGGCCGGUGGAUGGGGCUGCGUGGAGCACACGAUGUCGGGAUUAUCGGAGGUGUCGCCAGGGUUUGGGGGGAGCAGUAGUGACGAUAAUGGAGCUAAAAGUGCUGGUGCCAAAAAGCCAAAACUUCUCAACCUCUUCCCUUAA